UAUGCGCUAGAAAUAACGCUGAUUAAGGACAUCUACCGUACAAUAGUCGACACGUACAGUAGAUAAUUAACUUGGUUUACGUUUUUUUAUCCGCAUAAAUCCAGUUAAACGUGUUUAACUAUAAAUAGUUGCUCACGAGCAGUGAAUGAAAUGGCUGGUGGGCGUAACGUUCGCAUCGAACAACUUGAUAUUUAAGAAUGAAACACUGCAUUAACUUCACGAACCGAUGCAACGCGAAAACGAGUAUUAAUGUAUUAAUAAAUAUUGAUUGAUAAGACCGUGUAACAUUCCAAAAGAAAUACAAUUACUUUACCUGUACAAUGAAGGGCAUUCUUAUCUUCGAUCAUCUCAACGAUGUUCUCUUCACAAAGUGCAACAAUAAAUUUGCGAAUCACAUUCAAAAGUUAGCUAGAAUUCAAGGUUUGAUCUCAGAAAACAAGGAUGCCAAUGACACGGAUUCAAAACUUAAUCCAAAUGUGAUAAUGCAAUUAUUUUCACCUAUUGUUACCUCUCAACAUAUCAUGGCUUCUCAAUUUGGCAAUUCUUAUACUUCAAUGAGGUGCAAUGAUGGUACAAACAUGGUUUUCGAUGAAUUUAUGGGAUAUACUUUCAUCUAUAUUUCUAUGGAAGAGGUGGAGUUGAUGAAAAGAACAUUAGGUGUUUGUGUAGCAAUUGUAAGACAUGUCUGUGGACCAGAUGUUGGAAUACUAAAGAUAAGCAGACAGAAAGUUUGCUUAGUAUCUUCUUUAUUAGAUGCAUGGGUGCAUUUAAGAAUGUGCGAACAAAGCAUGCUCACAGAAGCCAUAGAGCAAUUAUCCAUAAAUACUGAUUUGGGUGUAGCAAUAUUAAGAGUAUUAAACGAUGCCUGUGAUAAAUUAAAGGCACAGUCUGAAUUUUCUAACGUACACAUCUUGAUAUUAGUAGAACAAAAGUUUCUUUCAUUGUACUCUAGUAAAAAUGCUCACGACUUGUAUGCUUCCGACAUAUUACUGAUGGUGCUCAUGUGUUGGGUGGUUGAUCAGAAAAGAAAGGGUCAGUCUGCAACAAAUGGCAAUAAUGAUGACCACAGUGAUAUUCUUUUGCCUGAAUCCAGUUCUUUGAAAGAGGAACAAAUAGCUUUUGGGGCUAAGCUUGCCAAUCCUACUUCAGAAGACAUUACAGAUUUAUUCAGAGGUUCAAGAGAGUCUUCCAUCACCGAAGGUUUAUAUUCUUUAACCGACGACGAUUUAUCCAGCCACUUGAUAUUACUUGGGUCUGAGCACGAUUACACCGCCAAUGCGGUUCACAUCUUUGAAUUAGCAGAGGGUAUCAAUCUUGUGAUGAUAGUCGAGGUGACUAAUCUAGCCACAUCGACGGGAUUGUACGAUAGCUUCAAUUAUUUAAACGUAAUAAACGGAUUGCAACUUCAAAGGGACAUCGACGAAUUGAGGCCUGCAUUUGAAAACUUUGACUUGGCAAUGAAGAAGGCUUUAGAUGGAAUUAAGAAAAACAGAGCAAAUGUCAGUAACGACGUCGACAUGUGUCAGAGAAGAUUGCAAUUGAAGUGGGAGUUACUUCGAAAAAAAUAUGUAGACUUGUUGAAAUCUAGGGAUCCCGAAUCUAUACUUCAAAUUGAAUCGAAUACAUCUGGAUUCACGGAUAACUUAAAAGAAUUAUAUAGAUUAACGUGCUUUGACAAAAACUUUUUAAAACAAGGAGUCGAUGUGCUCACUACGGUAGGAAGACUCGUUCGUCAAAAGUUAAACGAUUUCAGCGAUUUUCUUAAAGUGAAAGCACUGAAGAACUUCACUCUCGGAUCGAGAACUUCCCUAACGAUCAAUAAAUAUCUAGAAGAAUUUCCAGGCCUUGUACAUUUUAUAUACAUAGACCGAACCACGCAUCGACUGACGGCUCCGACGUUAGACUUCACUAAUCCUGAAACUCUAACUCUUACAACAAAGAAGAUUUGGAAUAUGGUCAAACAAAGCAGAAUGCAUUUAGAAGAAGGACACUUAUCUGUCAUGUGGAAAGAUACGACAUUUAAUUAUGCUUACUUUUUGUGGUUUGAGGACAGUUCUGGUUCGCCAUUAAAAUGCAAAGCUUAUUUAAGUCAUAUAAUAAAAAACUUCUCUGUACCAGGUAUCUUUUGUGGUGAUUAUUACAGAAAAUUGGCUGAAACGUACUUCCCAAAAUUAUCUGCUAAUAAAAUCCGAAUCUACGAGCUAUACUGUGUUCAUCUGGGUUUGGCAACGUCAUCCUGUGUUUUAGAACAUUCGAGGAGACUCGCAGCUACGAUAUGGGAAGUUACAGGCGUUCCGAAUAAUCCUGCCGACAUUCUUUAAUAACAUUCCGUCAAAGUAUUUCUGUACAGAUAAAAACUAAAUUUUUCCAUUAACAAGAAUAUACCUUAUGCUACGAUUAGUAUUUAAAAAAAACUAUUUAAAAGAUUUUUAAUUAUUUAUAAAGUACUUAUCACAUGUAUUAACUUAAUACUUAUAAAAUAUGAUAAUGCAAAACAUU